AUAUAAUGUAAAACGGCCACUCAGCUGUUAAGUCUACGGAGUUCUGCUAUCAGAGUCUAGUGCGCUGCAACUACCAAGCUUCACUAUGGUUAAGGUUUACUUGUUGGUGGCUCUUAUCUUGGCAGCAUUCGCCUUGUCAAUGGCAGAUCCUGCACCCGAGCCCGAGCCCCAGUACCAUGGUGGGUAUGGCGGACACGGAGGACACCAUCACGGUCACGGUGGAGGUCAUGGACACGGUCACGGUCACGGGGGUUACGGUCACGGUGGACACGGUCACGGUCACGGUGGACACCAUGGUCACGGAGGUUACGGCCAUGGUCACCACCACGGAUAGAAAGAACUCACCCCUGUCUACAGCUGUUGUGAUAACCCUCCUCUCACUCAUCCAAACCUGUAUACCAGUAAAAUAGAAGUACCAAAUGUCUGCCCAUAUCAUCCAUAUAUUGUUUAUGUUAGUAUUUAUUAUCAUUAUAUUUUGUUGUGUAAAUAUUAGUAAAUAAAGGUGAUCUACUGUUA